GGUCCGCUGCUUGUAAGAUUGAUACUGAUGGUGACUUCCUUAAUUUCCAAUACAAAUUAUGGUUACCCUUAGAUAGCGCUGAAUUGGAUGAUAACGAUAUUGAGAACACGUAUAUUCACAAAUUCAACCAAGACUCUGUGUAUUUUAUUACGGGGAAGUUUACGAUAUUAGAUAACGGUUUAUUGGAACUCGCUGUCUUCUU